AUGUCGGUCGCGAAUCGAAGGAGAGUCGGGCGCCCCGGCGCGGACGGAGACCGCGGGACGCACGCGCAGCCCUCAUCCUUGGUGGGCUGCCCGACGUGCAGCGAUUGGUGCCAUGUGGACGCGGAGGCCAUCGAGGCGGAGAUUGACCCGACGCUACGCAAGUACUGGAAGAGCCUCGGGCCCGCCGAGCGCGCGAAGCUGCUCCAGGUCCCGAAGAAGAAGUUCUUCGAACGGAUCCGGAACCUCUACUGCUCGCGCUGCUACGGGCUGUUCCUCCUACGCUACGACGAGCUGCGCACCAGCGCCGAUCUCGAAUGCCCGGCGUGCGCCGAGGUCUACGCGGGCCUCGAGGUGUCCGAGGACGGCGGGCUCGAGCUCGCGGGCCCCCGGCGCGAGGACCCGUUCACCGCGAUCGCCAUGAGCCGCCUGCGCGAGCAGCAGCGCGAGCUGCAGUUCAUGUCGGACAUCUGCGGGAGCGGGUGGCGGAAGCGGCCGCACCUGACGAUGUGCUCCCUGCACACCGCGCCCGUGCCCGCGGAGACGCUGUCGGAGUACUGGCACUCGCUGCCGCGGGAGCACCGCGCGGCGCUGCUGUCGAUGCGGGAGGAGGACUUUCUGGCGGAGCUCGACGGGCACAUGCGCUACCACCUGAAGAUCUGCCGGGACUGCCGGCUCAACGUCGCGCGGUGCUUCAAGGACCUGCGGAUGCCCGGCGCGCCGGGGGAGGGCGUCGGGCCCGAGGUGGGGGCGUGGCCGACGGAGCACGCGGGCGGGGCGCACGGCGGCGACGCGGCGGAGGGCGCGAGCAACGGCGAGCACGCGCACGCGCACGGGCACGCGCACGCGCACGUGCACGAGUGCGAGUGCGGGCACCACCACGCGCACACGCACGGGCCGCUGCCGCUGGUGUCGGACCUGUCGGUCGCGGUGCAGGGGCAGGUGGUGCGCGUGCUCGGCCCGUCGGUGUCGGCGCUGUUCGAGCGCGCGGAGGAGCUCGAGGACAUGAAGGCGCAGGAUCCCGCGUACGCCGACGACGGCGGCGGGCAGGAGGGCAUCCGGCACGCGGAGACGCCGGAGCUGGCGCGCGAGGUGCUGCAGGAGUCCGCGGUGAUGAUCUUCAAGACGCAGGUCGAGGUGGCGUUCCGCGAGCAGACCGCGGGCCACAACGCGCUCGUGCUCUUUGCGUACCUCGCGCUGCACAUGAUGCUCGAGAACAUCGAGUGCUCGUACCGCGACGGGAUGGCGCGGGCCGCGCAGGACGCGCUGCUCGCGGAGCUGCUCGGCGAGGAGGAGCAGGCCAAGGCCAAGAAGGCCAAGAAGAAGGCGCGUAAGAAGGCAAAGCGGGGGAAGCAGCAGCGGGGCGACGGCGAGGGGGCGGGGGAGGAGGGCGCGGGCGAGGGGGAGGGCGCGCGCGAGGGGGGCGGCGCUGCGGAGGGCGAGGGCGCGGCGGUCGUGGCGGAGGCGGCGGCGGCGGCGGUGGGCGUGGGCAAGCGCGCGAUGCCUGUCGAGGGUGUGGACUCGGGGUGGGAGGAGGAGGAGGGGCUGGAGGAGGACGACGGGCUCGAGGUGCUGAUUAAUGCGCACCGCGGGAAGGCGGCGGGGGAGUCUGCGCCGGCGGCGGGGGAGUCUGGGCGCAAGGGGGCGUCGGGCCACGGGGACCGGUCGCACCACAGCGAGGGCGCGUCGGGCGGGAAGAGCGUCGCGACGGUGCGCGUGCAGGUCGUCCGGCCGGGGAAGGAGGGGGCGGCGGGCGCCGCGAGCGCGGAGGCGGUGGUGCGCAGCGCGGCGCCUGCUGCGAGCGCGUGGGGCGCGCCGCCGGGGGGCCGUCUGGGGCCGCCGCGACGCGCGAGCGCCGCGGCGUCAACGCCAAGACGGUCCAGGCGAUCCCCGUCGCGCCGCGCGCGCGGCCGUCGGUCGUGCCUGUCAGCGUGGUGCCGUCGUCGCCGCCCGCCGCGAGCAAGGCGUCGGUGA